AUGAGUUUUGUAAUAAAGAUAGUUUUAUCUUUUACACUGCCUAUAUUUAUUGGUGCUUUGAUAGUGCUAUUUACUUUUUAUCAGUAGCUCAUUUAAAAUGUCAACGAAUGGGAAAAACGCUCAUCAGAUUAGUAACUUGAAUCAUUUAAAUAAAAUUUACAUAAUGGAUUAAUAGCAAGUAAAAUGAUCGUUGACUUAGGCUUUAGUCGUGUAUAAUAAGAUUUAAUAUUUACUAGGAACUUUUACAAGAAAUUUAGAGACAAUAAAAUACAGAUCAAUAAAUCAUUUUAGUUUCUGAAUUGCUCAACACCUUACUAGCCUCAAAAGAAAUGUUCAAAUCUAUUUUACUAAGAACUCUAAUAAAAUGCUUUGUAUGUUUAUAAUUUCUUCCACAGAAAUAUUUUUGAAUUUAGUCAACUUCCUAUUUUAAGGCAAUAAUAAUUGCAGAAUUAAUGGUACUCAUACAUCAUCGCAAGAAUGAUUUAUUCGAUCAGAAAAAAGGAUCUAUUCUCCAUAUAAUCUAUGUAUUAUGCUUUUGAUGACAGCCUUCAAUCUGGCUUCCCUACAAGCAUGAAUUCUAAUGUUACCGCGUUUUAGCCUUAUUAAAAUUGUGUACCUGGGAAUUAUAAAGAAAACUAUGAUCCAAGAUGCAGAGAUUGGUAUAUUCUUGCAGACAAAAUUCAAGAAGAUAAUACAAUCACUUAAAUAAAACCUUAUAAAGAUGCUUUUACUGGUGAUAUUAUAAUAACACAAUCCACAAAAAUAUUUGAUUAAGACGGUAAUAGUGAAGUAAUUCUAUCUGCAGAUUAUAAAAUUUCCCCUCAAAUGUUUUAAUUAUACUCUUCGCUGGUUAAUUUUGAUGAAUCAUCAAUUAACUAAAAUUACUUUACCUUAUUUAGCACUGAAAAUAAUACAGUUUUUUAUCACAAAUAUUUUAGAUUUCCUGAAAAUAAAACAGAAAUAACCUUAGAAGAUAUAGAAUUUAAUUCUACUACUUAUUACAAAGAAUUUGAGAAGCAAGAUUUUAAAGCUAAUUUGGAGAACUUAAAGGAAUAUAUCAACACAGGAAACUAUAGUAUUUCUCUAUAAGAUAAUAUUUAAAAUUUCUACAUUAAGUGGUCUAAAGACAACCUUUCAUAUAUAGGACUAUUCUAUCCUAUUUAGACAUUUGAAAGAUGGUCAUUUAAUUAAAGUAAUAAAAAAUUGAAAACAAAUUCUCUUAUUUUGUCUUACACUUAAAGAUAUGAUUCUUCAUUAUUUUAGUAUGAAAUGACUACAGAUCCUCUUUUUUUAAUAGCAUUGUCAAUUUCUAUCAUACUUGAGGUUAUAGUACUCGUCUUUUUUGCACUAAAUUAUUAUAUAGCUCUAAUUUACUAAAUAGAAAUCCCAAUUGUAAAACUUACUAUGUUUUUAAAUUAAAAUUCAAUGUAUUAAUAACAAAAUUCUUAGCAUAAAAAUGACUAAAAUAAAUAUUUCGAAUCAACGAGAAAUAAAUAAUAUUCUUGUUAAUCUUAGGCUUAAUCUAAAAAAAGAGCAUCUAUUAUAUCUUAAAGCAAUAUCUCAUUUAAUGAAAUCAAUAACACUACUAAGAAUCAAUUUGUAAAUAGUUGUAAUAACAUACCAAUAAAAACACUAAAUGAUAAACAAAUAGAUUUGGAAAUAGUUUUAGAGUAGCACAAUAAUUUAAUUAGCAAAUAAAUAAUAUAACUAAAUUCUAAUCGAAAUAUUAACAUAUCAACUAAAAAAAGUUUAUUUUCAAUUUAAGAAAAUAAAUUAAAUAGCUCAAAUUAGUAGCAAAAUAAUAACUCUUUGGAUAAAUUUGAUAAAAAGUAAUAUAUAACUUCAACUUAGCUUUUAUGUUCAUAUGAUAACUUGAUCAUAGAAAUGAAAACUCUUUAUGACACAUUUUUUUUGCUAAACAAAUUAAUAAAUUACAAAAGUUAAUCAAUAGACAAUAUAACAGGAACUACAGAUUGUGUCAUUCAUUUUGCAUAUUCUAUGAGUACCUUCAAACAAUUAAAUAGUUCAAAUGGAAAGAUUAUAAGCUUGCUUAAUUUAGGGUACUAUUAGAUGCAACAUGAGCUAUAUAAUAAUAAACUCAAAAGAAAAUAAAAAGCCUAAGAUAUUCAAAUGACAUUAGAACAUGCUUAGCAAUUAAUUUUAAAUGAGCUGGAUUAUCAAAGCAUAUAAGAAUUCGUCAUUACUUUUGAUACUGGUAAUGUAUCAUAAUCAAAACUGUGUAAUCUUUAGUAUCUGCAAAUGAUUCAUAGAGUUUAGAUGCUCAAAGUUUAACUCAUAAAAUAGAAUUUCGUUUAAGACUACAGCUUACUUGCUCAAAAAAUAAGCCAUUCGAUUGAAAAUAACUUAAGCUAUACAUAAAAAUAUUUAAACUUACUUUAAAAAUCUUUGCAAUAUUUAAAAAUUAGCCACAUGGUAGUGGAAAAAAUAAAACACUCUUUCACUGGAAAUGAUUAUUUCUAUGAAUUAUUUUUAAUCGAGUAUAAUAUUAUGUGGAUUGAAAUAUUAUAAGGACAUAUUGAUCAAGCAGAAAAUUUAUAUUAGCAACAAGAAAAAAAUAAUUUAAUACAUAUUACAUUAAUUAAUCUUGAUCAUUUCAGAAACAUAACUAUUGUUGAGAGAUAUCUCAAUAAUUUUAAACAAGACUAAGAGUAGUGUUUGAUAAUUUCUAAUCUAAUUUUCAUCAAAAGUCUUAUCCUUUAUGCCAAACGCUAGUAUUCUGAUGUAGCCUAGUUACUAACUUUGUUGAUUGAAAAAAUUUAUUACAUUAAUCCCUAAAUUAAAAUAAUAUCUUUAAAUAUUUUAAAUGAUAUUUUCCUUAAAUAAAAUAUCAACUUUUACUGCAUAAAAAAUUAAAUAAAAAAACUAAGAAAACCUUAAAAAUAUGAUAUACACUUUUUUGUUGAAUCCGAAAUAUGGAAAUAAUUUCACUUCAACUUAUUCAGCUAAGAAUUGCAUGAACUAAGAAGUAAAUUAUUUACUAAGGAUGAUAGAGUUGCUUUUUAUGGAUAUAAUCAAAAUAAUAUAGUCAAAAUUAACCCUUUAAUGGCCAAUUUUACAUCAUAAAAAUUGUGGGAAAUAUAAAUCAUGAAUCUUUAGUAGACUUUAAAUAAUUUAAGUUUUGAAAAUUUUAUGAAUUUAGAUCAUGAGGAUCUUAUAUUUGGUGAAUAAGAACCCAACUAAUAAAAUUUUUUACUAAAUUUAGUAAAAAAAGGAAUAAUAAAAGCAACAAGAGAUAUUUAAACAAGCCAGCUCAGCUAUAAUGUUAAAAAUAUGUAUGUAAAAGAUAAAAAGCACAGCAGGAAAUAAUUAUUAAUUUUUAUACAAAGCUAAUAAGCAUAAAUUAAUAAUUAACAAUAUUUUUUUGAGGCUAUUUCUUCACUAAUUAAACAAACUCCUUACAAAUUAAAAGUACUUCAUUCCUAUCUUAAAGAUGAAAACGAAAAUUGCUAAAUUAAUCAAAUAAAAACUCCUAAAAUUUCAUUUAAUACACAUUAAACAACCUAAGUUGCUAAAAAUGUGCAUUAAUUUUCAUAAUUAAAACAAUUAACAUAAUUUCUUAUUCAAAAAAAAUUUUAGAGUUGA